AUGGCAGAGGCGAGUGACAGAGGCGGACCCAAAAUUUUCAUCAAGUAUGGACGUACUAUCAGCACGGAAUGGAUCUUCAAGAAGAUGGGGAAGCAACUUGUUCUGUACGAGGAUGAGGAUGCGUGGGCAGGGUUUGAGUUUGAUUUGGACUGGGCCAGAGAGUUUUGGGCACACGGAGUCACGCUUAAUGGCAGCUUGCACUGUGUACUCAUCGCUUUGCUCAUAAAACUCUGGCGCCUGCCGGCGACGGACUCAUCCUCGUCCUCCAUGGUGGUUGCGGGGGCGACGGAAACUCUGGCGGUGUUCUGGCACGAGGGCAUGCUGGCCCACGACGCCGGCAGCGGCAUGUUUGACACGGGCCUUGACCCGGGGUUUCUAGACGUGCUCGAGAAGCAUUUCGAUGGCGCCGACCGCGUCCGCAACAUGGUCUCCAUCCUCCGCCGAGGGCCCAUAGCGCCCUUCCUCUCUUGGCACUCCGGCAGCCCCGCCCACACCAGCGACCUCCUCAAGUUCCACACCCAAGAAUACAUUGAUGAGCUCGUGCAAGCGGAUGCCAGCGGGGGCAAGAAACUCGAUAAGACCACUUUCUUGAACCCUGGCUCAUGGGAUGCAACGCUUCUGGCUGCUGGAACAACCUUAUCGGCGGCGAGGCACAUACUAGAUGGACGUGGGAAGAUGGCCUACGCACUGGUCCGCCCCCCUGGUCAUCACGCGCACCCGGAUCGUGCCGACGGCUACUGCAUUCUGAACAAUGCGGGUCUUGCCUUGCAGCUGGCUCUAGAUUCGGGCCUCACAGAGAUCGCCGUUGUUGAUAUCGAUGCGCACUAUGGAAAUGGCACCGCAGAACGUUUCUACCAAACAGACAACGUGCUGACCAUCUCUCUUCACAUGAAGCAUGGCUCCUGGGAUCCGUCAUACUCACAUGCGCAGAGUGGCUCAGCUGAUUUGAUUGGUGAAGGAAAGGGGCUUGGAUACAACCUCAACAUACCUCUGCCUAAUGGAAGUGGGGAUGCAGGGUAUGAAUAUGCAGUGAAUGAAUUGGUUGUCCCAGCAAUUGAUAAGUUUCAACCUCAGCUUUUGGUGUUUGUUAUUGGCCAAGACUCUAGCGCGUUCGAUCCACUUGCAAGACAGUGCCUAACCAUGGAAGGUUAUAGGAGAAUUGGAAAAAUAAUGAGGAGCAUGGCUAAUCGGCACAGCGAUGGGAAAAUACUGAUUGUCCAGGAAGGAGGUUACAACAUCAGUUAUUCAGCAUAUUGUCUGCAUGCGACUCUAGAAGGUGUUCUGAACCUUGAAGCCCCAUUGCUGGAUGACCCAAUCGCCUUCUAUCCAGAGGAUGAGAAAUACACCGUGAAAGAGGUCGACGUCUUGAAGAAAUUCUGGAGAGAGUCCAUUCCCUUCUUGAAGGACAUAUAGAAAGGCACACCUCUCUG